GUCAUAUCUCCAUGGAAACACUCAAAGAAUUACAGUCUAAUCAACACUAAUAUGUCUUCCCACACAAGAUUGUAUUAAAGAUAAUGGUGUUUUGGGGUACAUAGUACAUUCAAACUGGCACAAGCACUAAGAGUGGAAAGAGGACUCCCCUUGCUACUGAGCAGGGAUUGGAAAUAGAAGAGGGUGGAGACAGACAUGGAGUGGCUGGAUAGAGGGGAUGGUGCAACCUGUGUUAAUCAGUGACCUGGGACCAGAUUACAUGGUGUAAUCUCAAAAGGUGCCAGCGGCAUGGACAAAUGCCUGCCCCUGACACCUUGCACCAAGAAAUGCCCUAGUCCCUACCCCACCUCCCACAACCCUGGUGAAAGGAGGCUAAAUAACUGAGAUUUCAUUUCUACCAAUCAUUUGAACGGGAACUUGAAGAAAAAAUUCAGUUUAGUUAUAGAACAAAUAUAUCUUGCACACUCAACCCAUAACAUCAGUAACAGCAUCUCAGAUCUUUCUAUGAGCCCUAGACCUGUAUCCCCAACUUGAUUUUUCUGAUUAGAAGCCUCAAGCUCAGCAGGCUCAAAACUAGACUCAUCACCUCAUUCUCCUCAUUCUUUAACUAAAAUCUGUUCUUCUUCCGUGUUCCCUAUUUUAUUUCUAAAUACCAACAUCCACUCAGUUGCCCAGGGCAGAAGCCGGGGUGUUUUGUUGGUGUGGGGUGUUGUGUUCAGAAAACACUAAACGUCAAGACAUCUGUCAUCCUUCCAUCACUCAGGCAUACUUGGAGUUCACAAAAGGUUUAGUUUAAAAGUUAGGUAUGCUGCUUAAUAGUCUGAAAAACCACUGUAGAAGGGAAUGCAAUACUAUGGGGCAGAAGAAACUUGAAACCCUUCCAUGUAAGUCAAGGUCACCUAUAAGCCUGGGGACUGGGUAGGGGUUGGAGAGGGGAGGUGGAGGUAGUUUCUAUUGCCAGAGGAGGGAAAUGGCAUUUUGGAUGGAAGGAGGUGUUUAUGACCGAGGUGAUUGCCCAGGAGGAGGGUUCAGGAAAUUUCCUUCAUUGGCCGUUUGGUUCUGUUCAUUCAGAUGUUUGUGGGUGGGGGAGUGACUGAGUGUGAGCUGGGUCAGAAACUCCCAGGGGAUCAGACUACUUGCUCCUUUUCUGGACAAACCUCACUGCUCUCCCUGGCUCUGCACAAAUCCAGUGUGCUUUGAACCCACCACCUACGUGGACUACAGCAGGUUUGGCCAGAAUCCUUUGGGUGAUGAAUGCCUCCAUUUCCUGCUGAAGCACCACCGUGCCACUUUUAAAUCAGAGGCGAAUUGGCAGUUGCAGUGACAAACCUGGUUUCCUAUGAAUUGCCUGGGUGGACUGAAAGGAGAACUCCUGGUUGACGCUGGCUCAGAACCCACCACCUGUCAGUUCCUUUCUGCCUGCGAGUCCUUCCAAGAGAUCAUAUUGUCAAACUACCUGGACAAGAACCACCCGUAUUGGAGAGAUGGCUGAAGAAGAGGCCAAGAGCAUUUGACUGGUCUCCAGUGUGAAAAAUGUGUGUGAGCUCUAAGGGAGCAGGGAGGAUCACAGAAGAAGAGGAGAAUAGGGGAGCUUCUGGAGAUGCCCAUCUCUCUGAAUUUUGGUGUUCUCCUGGGGAGAGCUGACGGGACGGAGGCUACUUCUGAAGAGGACUCCCUGGCUUCUGGAAGCGAGGGAAGUAGGGCAGGGGGCUGUGGCUCAGGAGUGAGGCACGAUGGAAUCUGGCUUCACCACCAAGGACACUUACCUGAGCCAUUUUAACCCUCGGGAUUACCUAGAAAAGUAUUACAACUUUGGGUCCAGACACUCUGCAGAAAACCAGAUUCUUGGCCACCUUCUGAAAAGUCUCAAGAUAUUCUGCCUGGAUGGUGUGAAGGGCGACUUCUUGAUCAACAUCGGCUCUGGCCCCACCAUCUAUCAGCUCCUCUCUGCUUGCGAGAACUUCAAAGAGAUUGUUGCCACUGACUACACCGAGAACCUGCAGGAGCUAGAGAGGUGGCUGAAGAAGGAGCCAGGGGCCUUCGAAUGGUCUCCAUUAGCGAACUACAUGUGUGAGCUCUAGGGGAACAGGGUAAAGGGGCCGGAGAAGGAGGAGAAGCUGCGUCGGGCUGUCAGGCAGGUCCUGAAGUGUGACGUGACUCAGCGCCGGCCUCGGGGCCCCGUCUCCUUCCCCCUGGCUGACUGCCUCCUGAGCACGCUGUGCCUGCAUGCGGCCUGCCCGGACCUCCCCACCUACUGCACAGCCCUGGAGAACCUCGGCAGCCUGCUGGAGCUGGGGGGCCCCGUGGUGAUGGUAGAUGCCCUGAGGAGCAGCUACUACAUGAUUGGUGAGCAGAGGUUCUCCAGCCUCCUGGGCCCGGAGGCGGUAGAGGCUGCAGUGAAAGAGGCUGGCUACGCGAUUGAACGGUUGGAGGUGAUUCUGCAACGGUACUCCUCCACCACUGCGGACAACGAAGGAAUUUUCUCCCUGGUGGGGUGGAAGUUGAGCAGAACUGUCUACAACCUUGUGAUCUCUAUUAAAAUAAUUCCUUUGACUUGCCCAGUUGGCUUCAGUCCUUGGUUCUAG